GUGGUGAAAUUUGACUGGUUGUCAAUUUCAAAGCCAAGAACCACCGGGGAAAACUGUCAUGAAAUUAUCCAAAUUUCAGCUGCUUUUUGUUUAAUUUUAUAUUUGUAAUCUAUCGUAACUUUUUUUUACCAUGCUAUUGAGAUUGCAGUGUGUUUUAUGCGUUCUUGCAACGGUAAGUUUUGAAAUUAUUGUUGGGACACGUCGUUUGUUUAUACGCUUUCCCUUGUGUUCUACAUGGCGUUUUGUUGUGCUACAAACGUGUUUACUUUUACAAUUUUUAGACACGUUUGUUUCUGCGAACUGUUUGCGAUGCAAGUGUCGUUGAUUUAACCCAUAACAAUGUAGACGCCGAGCUGGGUUAGUAGAAGUAUUUUUUGUCGAUAUUUCUAAAAUUCUGUACAAGCUAGCGUCCUGACAAAUUUAUGAAUAAUUUUUGUUGUCAAUUUGCAACCAAUUUUGUAUUCUUGCUAACUUUUACCCAUUUAUAUUUUCAGGUAAGGCCAAGGUCACAUUUGUGAAUUUCUACGCCGAUUGGUAAGCCAUUAAACGUAUUUUAGUUGUACAUUUAAUGCAACUUUUAUACAUUUUAAAAUAUAAAAGCUCUUGUCUUGAAAAGCUCAAGUUACCCGCUUCGUACGUAUUUAACCAGUUGUGAUGUCACUCAAUUUAAUAAAAAAUAUUUAAUUUAAACGAGUAUAUAUUAGUGAUAUUUUGCUUUAAUAAUUCUAAAUUUAAAGCACCCUUUGGAGAGCAGCUUGCAUAAUUAAAAAGCAUUUUGUUUCUAAUCUUUCUACUCCAUAUGAGAUUCAAUACAAUAAUUCAUAAAUAAUUUAUUGCGGUACAUGCUAUAUUAAAGUCAUUUGUAUAAUAAUUGUAUGUCGGUAAAUAUGGCAGUGUCUGGCAACCAGUAAUUAGGGUAAAAAUUUGUGAAUCUAACUAUGUUUUCCUUUUAAUAUUACCAAAAUUCUUGUUGACAUGGGGGGGGGGGGAGUUGUAAAAUUUUUGGAAAGGGUUAAAAAUUUUUGGAAGGACUAGGGAUUUAAAUCCCGCAUAUUCCAGUGAGGUUAUAUUGGGUCAUUCCAAAAAACAUCCACAGCUCCCCCACAGAGGAAAUUGGAAUUUAACCCUUCUCCCCUCCUACUCCAGGUAUCACAAAUUUCCAAACCCAGAAUGCAUCCUACUAGUAACACAGAAAUCCUAAUGUUAUCAAUGUUUUCCAUAUGUCUUAUCUCUAACAGGUGCAGAUUUAGUCAGAUGUUGAAACCCACAUUUGAACAGACUGCGAAUAUUCUAAAAGAAGAAUUUCCUGUACGUUGUAACACAUGUUGCUCUUUCUAUAUGCUGCUAACCUGAGUAUCAGGCCGUACUUUGUAGGGCACAGGCACGCCUGAUCGUGGGCGAAGGGGAGAAAAGUACGGCCUGACACAAAAGUGGCAUUUUGCCUGGUUGUUCAGUCCAGAAUCUGGACUGAGCGCUGAUUGGCCGAUUAGACAAACGAUUUUUAAAUCUAUCAUUUGAUUGGCUGGUGCUAAUUAGAUUAUACUAUUGUUGUUGAUAUAUUUUAUAACGAUCACAAUUCACAACUACAAUUAUAGCCGGCCCACUAAACGGUUGAAUUUAAAUUAAAACUGCAGUAAAAUUAGAAAAUAAUCGCAAAUUGGCGAAAUAUAUUGCAAAUGUAGCUUAUAUUAAAUCGCCAUCAGAUUGCACUAUCGACUGACGUAUAGUUAUAAAGUAUACUUUACAAUUAUACGUCAGUUUGUUGAUAAAUACGGCAAGCGCCAUGUAAAGCUCAUUGUAGUCACUGAAACCUCUGCGGAGGAGAGAGCAAUCGGGUGGCGAUUUAAUAUAAGCUACAUUUGCAAUAUAUUUUGCUAAUUUGUGAUUAUUUUUGUUAAUUUUAUAAGUUCAUUGCAGUUUUAAUUUAAAUUCAGCCGUUUAGUGGGCUGCCUAUGCUAUAAUUAGAUUGUUGUUGUCGUUGUGUGAAAUUUAAAUGUCUCCGGCGACAUUUUGAUUGGAUACUAAAUAUAAACUUUGCUGUGGGCGGAAAGCGAUCAGGUUAAGUUUUGUGUCAGGCUCUAUUUGUAAAAUAGAGCCUGAUACUCAGGUUAAUAUGCUGCUAAAUUAUUCUAUAUGUGAUCUUGACUUUAACCCUUUAAGUGGCAAUGCUCCCUGAUGCGCCCUCAUUUGGUAUUUUACUCUAAUGCCAGACGAUUUUACUCUUCAAGUGGAGAGUGCUGCCACUCAUUGGGUUAACCAAAAAAUCUGACAAUGCCUCUAGUUAACCCAUUGAGCCGCAAGGCGCCCCAGUGUGCCCUACUUAUUUUUUACUUGUCUAACACCAGAUGAUUUUACUUGUUAAUGGGGAAGCUCUGCAGCUUAAUGGGUUUGGUGGCAGUGUACACUGGUGCGCCCUGCUUAAUUAGUAUUUUACUCUGUCUAACGCCAAACGAUUUUACUCGUCAAGUGCAGAUUGAGUGCUGCCACUCAAUGGGUUAACUUUAAUGUUCACAUUUUGUAAAAGUUGUUUUAUUGUUUCAGAAUGAUUUAGUAUUAGCAAGAAUAGACUGCGAAAAUCAACAAGAUGUCUGUCAGAGAUAUAGCGUCAGUAAAUAUCCAACACUGAAAAUAUUCAGAAAUGGACAGGUAGAUAAUUGUACAGUUUCAUUAUGACGAACGAGCUUUUGUCGAUAGGGAUGCAACUACCUGAAAAUAUAUAAGGAGAAUUUUGAGCAAAGGCCUGUCGUCCGUACUCCAGACAAAGGCCUUCGCUCGAAAACGUCGAAAUUCUCCUUAUAUAUGUUCAGGUACAGUAGUUGCAUCCCUAGGCCUGAAAAAAAUACCUGUGGUUCCGGUUCCCGACCGACCCUAUUUUUUCUGCCAACCCUAUUAUUUUUUCAACGUGAUUGACCGUGCAACCCUAUGGAAAAUAUCUCGCUGUGUAUUUUUCAGUAUCUCACUCUACUAUAUAAUAAAAAUACUGGUAUCUUCUAUUUUAGGUGACGAAACGAGAAUUUCGAGGUCAGCGAACUGUCGAUGGUCUCUCUAAGUUCUGCCGUGAUCAAUUGACAGAUAGAAUCCAUGAGUUUCAUGCAUCUCAAGAUUUAAAUAUAGAAGUAUGUACAUCAUGCAAACAUAUAUAUGGUUUUGUUUCAUACGUUUGUUUCAUAGUUUUAAAAUUUUGAAAACAGUGCUCUUUGAAGACGGGAGCCUUUUUAGUACCAUGCAGAAUUACAUUAAUUUAUGUUUUCAUUCAUUACAGCAAUCUAAAAGAAAUGUGAUUGGUUAUUUUGAUUCAAAGGAGAGUGAGAAUUAUAAAGCUUUUGAAAAGGUUGGUGCUUGAGCUAUCAUACAGUUGCCCCUGCUGCUCCCCCCCAGGGUGUUAGCUAGGCGGCCGUCCGACCGUCCUAUGGACGGCCACUUCUGAAUUCGGACGCCUAAAUUUUAAUGGAUGGCCAUGGACGGCCUAAGGGAAUAUUUUCUUUAAAUAGCAAUUUACAAGCUUUGUAAUAUUUCUUGAAUACUUCGAAUUGUUGUCAUCUGCUGUUUACUUUACUUAUGGUAUAUGUUUUCAUACUUUUUCCCAUCGAAAUCCCGUUGAAUAUGGCUGAAUUCCACAACAACAAAAAAUUGCGGCCACGCCCAAAAACAUGUGACCACGCCCACAAAAUUAUUUUGGACGGCCACUUUUGAAAUCCUGGCUAACACCCUGCUCCCCCCCACCCACUGUGUAUGGCCCUGACAACUUCAGACUGGCCACCUCCAUAAAAGUAAAAUCUUCAGGCAUGUCACUUGGUCUGUACUUAUUUUGUUCCAUCUCUCAUUCUUUGAUUUUCUCUUCCAUUUUAGCUGGCUGACCAAAUGAGAGAUGACUGUGAGUUUCAUGUUGGAUUUGGGUAGGUCACAUUUGUCUUGUGGAAACUUUUGGAGAUAAUGCAUGUCACACACGAAAUAUUAGAACUCCUAUGAAGCAAAGAGGAAAUUUUAAAGCCCAUUGUAUUAAUUCUAUUACUUUACGUUUCAGUGAUGCAUCGGCAAAGGAACGAGAAAAUGGUGACAAAGUUGUGUUUAAGACAAAUGUAAGUUUCUGCAUUUCUUGGCAUUUUGAUAAAGUGGACUUUUCA